AUGAAACUCCACCACCUCCUUCUGUCCAGCAGCUUUAUCUUCACCACAUCAACAGCCACGGCCACAGCUGAAGCAGACUAUAUCAUCAUCGGCGGCGGCACAACCGGCCUCCUCCUCGCCAACCGCCUCUCCGCAACCCCAACCACCACCGUCCUCGUCCUCGACCCGGGCAAAGACACCCGCACCAACCCCAACGUCACCAAUCCGACGCAAUGGCUCCGCAACGCACACACAGAGAUAGACUGGGCCUACCCCUCCACUCCCCAGCCGCACGCACUCAACCGCACCCUUUCAUACACGGCAGGCCGCAUCCUAGGCGGCACGAGCAUGAUCAACGGGAUGACGUACCUGCGCGCUGACAGGCCCGAGAUCGAUGCGUGGGAGGCACUCGGCGCUACCGGCUGGAAUUGGGGGUCCCUGUGGCCGUAUUAUCUGCGGACGGAAAAGUUUAGUCCGCCGUUGGGCUGGCAGGUGGAUGCUGGGGCGGAGGAUGUGCCUUCUUUCCAUGGGAGGGAGGGGAGUGUGGAUGUUUGUUUCACGAUGGAGUUGUCAACGACAGGAUUCUGGGAGAGGGUGAGAGAUGCGUGGGGUGGGUUAGGGGUGGGAUGGAACAAAGAUCCGAAUGGGGGGUCGGUUGAAGGGGUUGCGGUGUGGCCGCAGACGAUUGAUUGUAAGGAGGAUGUGCGGUGUAGUUCUGCUAAAGCGUUUUAUUAUCCUGUUGAUGGGAGGGAGAAUCUAGGGGUUGUUAGGGGGACAGUCAGAAGGAUUCUCUGGGAGGAGGGGGACAGUCUAGGAGGAGGGCAUGUGGCGGUGGGAGUGGAGUAUCUGGAUGAAGCCGGAAAGGUGCAGACUGCUAUGACCCGCAAAGAAGUGAUAUUGUCAGCUGGGGCGCUGCGGACGCCUCCCAUCCUCGAAGCAUCGGGUGUUGGCGACGCGGUUCGGCUCAAGGGACUCGGGAUAGAGACGAGAAUCGACCUUCCCGGGGUGGGAGAGAACCUGCAGGACCAGCCGAAUGUGGCGCUGCUGUACACGGGCAAUCUCAAUAUCUCGGGGUACUCGCCGUAUGCCACGUUUGUAACGGCAUCACAGCUCUUUGGCGAAAAUUUCGAGGAUAUAGCUGCAACAACACUCUCCUCCAUACCAGCCUGGGCUGAAUCACUCGCCUCAUCCUCAACAAACAACCUCAACAGCAGCGCGAUAAAACAUAUCCUCACCCUGCAGCACACCCUUAUCUUCAAAUCCAACGUAACCAUCGCAGAAAUCCUCACCAGCGCGUCCGGAACCACCCUCCUCUCGGCCUUCUGGCUCCUCCUCCCUUUCUCCCGGGGCAGCGUGCACCUCUCAUCCACAGAAGACAAAGACAUAGACGCCCCCAGCAUCGACCCGAACUUCUUCCAGGUGGACUUUGAUCUCCAGACCGAGCUGGCGAUAGGGAAGCUGGCGCAAGCAUUCUGGAACCAGGGGCCCGCGAAGAGUCUGCAACCGGUUCCCAUUCCUGGCAGGGCAUUGGAGGGUAAUGCAACGGAUACAGAAUGGACGGCGUUUAUUAAAGAGAUUUUCGGGCCGAAUUACCACCCCAUCGGGACCGCGAGUAUGAUGGCUCGGGAGCUGGGGGGCGUCGUCGAUUCGCGGCUCAAGGUCUACGGCACGGAGAAUGUCAGGGUCGUUGAUGCGUCGGUGAUUCCGCUGCAGGUGAGUGGGCAUCUCACGGCGACGUUGUAUGCGUUGGCCGAGCGGGCGGCGGAUAUCAUACUGUGUAGGACAUAA